AGAAAACCCUCAAGUCUCUUGAAAAUUUUCUUUCCUGCCCACAACACUAGACUCUAUAUUAAACUACCAUGACAGGUACAGACCUUUGAAGAGCAGAGAAAUUAAAAAGCCAACAGAGAAAGAGAGAUGGAAACAGCAACAGGCUCAAGCUCUGAUGAGCAGGUGGUGAUGCUGAGUCCAACAGCUCGGUUGUUUCAUGCACCGCGUUUCAACUGUCAUAUAAUAGCGAUUAUGGGUUGCAAGACCGGCAUCGAUCCCAUCGUUUUGAAGCUUGGAUUAGAGCAUACUUUGAUUAAGCAUCCUCGCUUUUCUAGCAAACUUGUGGUAGAUGGCAGGAAAAUGAAAUGGAAUCCAACAAUAGUAAAUCUGCAAGACCACAUUAUAGUUCCAAAAUUGGAUCCAAACAUGGAAUCCCCUGACCAAUUUGUUGAAGACUACAUUUCCCAUCUCACCACAAUACCUAUGGACCUUUGCAAGCCAUUAUGGGAAGUUCAUCUCCUCAACCUGAAAACAUCAGAUGCAGAAGCUAUUGGGGUCUUCAGGAUUCACCAUUCCAUUGGUGAUGGUGCUUCUCUAAUGUCUCUUCUCCUAGCUUGUACCCGGAAAACCUCUGAUCCUGAAGCACUGCCUAGCAUUCCUGAGCAAAGAAGGGCUGGUUCUAGCACUAGCCCCUCAUCAGAUGGGUUCUGUUGGUUUUUUUUGGUUAUUUGGAAGAUCUUGAGACUGAUUUGGAACAGUUUGGUGGAUAUGAUUUUGUUUGCUGCAACAAUUUUUUUCUUGGAAGACACAAAGACUCCUCUUAAAGGUGCAUUUGGAGUUGAUCUUAAGCCUAAGAGGUUUGUGUAUCGCUCUGUUAGCAUGGAUGACAUCAAGCUGAUCAAGAAUAAAAUGAACAUAACCAUAAAUGAUGUUAUACUGGGAAUAACACAAGCUGGUCUGUCGCGAUACCUCAAUCGAGAAUAUGGUGAGAAUGAGAAAGAUGGUGAAACUAAACAAAACAAAAUUAUUCUCCCAAAAAGCAUCCUCCUUAGGGCAACAGUUCUGGUUAAUUUAAGACCAGCUGUAGGAAUUCAGACAUUGGCUGAUUUGAUGGGUAAGGAGUCGAAGGUCAAAUGGGGAUGGGGUAAUCGGAUCGGGUAUCUUGUCCUGCCCUUCACCAUUUCCUUGCAAGAUGACCCAUUAAACUAUGUUCGACAAGCUAAAGCCACAAUUGAUCGAAAGAAGCGCUCACUCGAACCCUUUUGCACUUUUCAAAUUGCCAAGCUCGUACUCUGCACCUUGGGAGUUAAGGUAGGUGCAGCCAUAGCGCACAGAUUUCUUUCGAACACAACAUUGGCAUUUUCCAAUGUGGUUGGUCCUGUAGAAGAAGUUAGCUUUUAUGGUCAUCCAUUGGCUUUCAUUGCACCCAGUGUUUAUGGCCAUCCUCAUGCUCUGACAAUCCAUUUCCAAAGCUAUUCCAACAAGAUGACUAUUGUUCUGGCAGUUGAUGUAGAUGUGAUUCCUCAUCCUCACAAGCUCUGUGAUGAUCUUGAACAAUCUCUUAAACUCAUCAAGGAUGCUGUUCUAGACAAUGGACUUGAUGCUGCUUAAUUAUUUCCUUCUGGGUUCCAAUGCUAUUCAUUAUUAGUCUAAUUGUUCAUUACAUACAGUGUAAGAAUAAAGUCUUCAAUUUGAUUCUUGUCAAUCUAGUGAAUAUUGAUAGAUUUGGAAAGUUAAAUCAAGGGACUUUCACAACUUA